AUGAACUCGUUCGCCAGCGAUCUUUUCGAGCGGAUCGCAGGGGAGGCUUCCCGUCUGGCCCAGUACAACAAGCGCUGCACCAUCAGCUCCCGGGAGAUCCAGACCUCCGUGUGGCUGCUGCUGCUGCCCGGGGAGCUGGCCAAGCACGCCGUGUCGGAGGGCACAAAGGCGGUGACCAAGUCCUCCAAGCGAUCAGCAAUAUGGAGGCUCCAAAUAGCGAAGUCUCGGUCGUCUCGGGCUGGCCUGCAGUUCCCGGUGGGCCGUGUUCACAGGCUCCUGAGAAAGGGUAACUAUGCUGAGCGUGUGGGUGCCGGAGCGCCGGUCUAUCUGGCUGCGGUGCUGGAGUAUCUGACGGCUGAAAUCCUGGAGCUGGCCGGCAACGCGGCCCGGGACAACAAGAAGACCCGCAUCAUCCCCAGGCACCUGCAGCUGGCCGUGCGCAACGACGAGGAGCUCAACAAGCUGCUGGGAGGGGUGACCAUCGCUCAGGGAGGGGUGCUGCCUAAUAUCCAGGCCGUGCUGCUGCCCAAGAAAACCGCCCCCACGAAAAAGUGAAGAGGCUGAUCUUGACUCUGACAACCCAAAGGCUCUUUUCAGAGCCGCUCACAAUAUCCGAGAAAGAAACUAGACCCCCACCUCUGUCAGGGUGAUUUUUCCUUUUGAUUACUAACAGUUAGUUAUUGCCCUGCAAUUAGCAUGAAUAUUGGAGAGCCAGUGUGUGUGUUUUCUUAUAUCUACAUCCUCUUGACCGCCUGCAGUCAGCCAGGUUCACAGUGAGAGCUGGGAGGCAAGGAGUUUGAAGGGUUUAUGAUGAGGUAUUGUAAUGGAGUGGGGUGUGCAUUAUUUACUAUUGUACUAUACCUACCGAUGCUGUGUCUCUUUAUUCCUUGUCCUGUGCAUGUGUCACCCAGCCCCUGUGCACCUCGUUCACAGCCAGUUUCACAUUUCCUUUAACCACAUUAGGAAUAGCUGAAACGACCCAGUACAACAAAUAGUAAGGCCACGAAUUUAUCAUAACGAGUGGGCGCUGUCCCUCUGCGGUCUAUUUUCGGGUGAAUUCAUGUACACUGUUUUACCCUGCCCGUUGACAGAGAGCACAUUAAACCUUUACUGAGUCAUUUUCAGGUCGGUCCAUGUUCCUCUUUAAUGGUCGAUCAUUUCAGGAGCUCCAGCUCGCGGUGGGGCAUGAACCCUGGGUUUCACCCCUGGCCAACUAAAGAAGUGCCCCAUCUUUGAGUCCCACGAACAGCUACAUUGUACAUAUUGUUACUUAAUUCCCAAACCUCCGUGCGGGGUCUGUCCGGUUGUUGCAGAAUGAGGCUUUCUGCUGUUAGAUAGAAACUUUCAAAAUGAACCGAGAGCAAAGCAGAACAGCUGCCAGACUGCAAUACUUUAUAUGGAGUCAAUUUGCAAGAAAGGAGGGGUUUAAAAAACAUUGUCUGAAGACAGUGUCCAUAUUAAUAACCAGGAAGAAUGUUGGGUGGAGUCCCUGCGAAACAGACAGGGCACUCGGCCCAUCGGGUUUGUACCGACCGUCCGUAGAACAUCUACUCAGGGAGACUGGGGAAGGGGAGAUUGGGUGAACGAGUGUACACUUUCGUUAUCUGAAAACAAGUAUUCUCCAUAAAACUGCCACUUCUUUUGCCGGGCUUUUCAAAUCUGAAAGAAAGUGGUUGAUUAUUUGGCGCCAAUUUGUUUCCAUUCCAUUAUGUAACUCCUGCGACAUAAGUGCAACAGGCAGUCCCCAGUUACUGAAUCCUCAGCCAGGUUUAUUUCCUUCAAUGACACCUGCAUUAACCCAGUGCAACAACAGCAACUCUUCGGUUAUACCCAUCCAGAAGCAGCUCCGGAAGAUUCAGAAAAUAAUUCCUGGAGGCCGAUUGGUUCACUUGAAAUGACAUUGUAUCAAUUUCAAAAAGCCCACCGAUUUCAUGUUCAGUAUUCCUGAGAUUAAAUUAAAGAUUAAAACACAAGACACACCGCCAGCAAUUAUGAUCAUACCUGACCUUUUAUAAGGGAUUGUUUAAAACCCGGAGUGCGGUCAGUGGGGACAGUUCUCGGGAGCCCUGUGUGAUCAUGUCUGUGAGAGGCAGGAGGAGAGAGGGAGUGUUAAAACAGCCCAGACAAACUGUACAGCCCAGUAUGUAACCGCCGUUCAUCAACCCAAACAAACCCUCCGAGUGAAACACCUUAAUACAAUGUACCCCGACAAAGUUACAGAAACUCACUCCAUCGGUACAUUAUUUCACCGAACACAAUUUGCAAUUGCUGUCUGUCACAGGCAGCUGGAAAUAACACCUCACUAAAACGUCUGCAAACCCAA